AUGAGCCGGCGGUUUCUGUACAUGGCGGUCGAGAACUUGUGCGCUUCUCCCGUCUCACACACGCUCCACCGCAUCAACCCCUCGCGCCUGUUCUACCCCAAGGAGGCGAAUACGAGGGCUAAGACGGAGGUGGCUGCGGCCGAUGCAGUGAAGGCUCGCCUGCCUCCCCCCUCCAUGACCUUCUCCUCUCCCGACGUGGACAACGUGGUGGAGACGGACUUCGCGCUCAUCGGCCGGAGCAAGGACAAGAUCGUCGCCCUGCACCGCGCCCAUUUCGAUGACACAAAAUAUUACCGGGUCACGACUCAGGGCAGCGCCGUACUCUACGACGAUGCGCCGCACUCCUUCCGCGCGCUGCCCGACAUCACAGCCACAUUGCCCCACGGCGAGGUCGCGCCUGUCGCGGUCGGCGACGACCUGUACUUCAUACACUCCACACGGUUUGCGCCGAACGACAAGGACAGGUACGUCCAUGCGUUUAUUCGUGAUCCCGCCGGAGACGGUGGCUGGCAUUGGCAUUCCUUUCCGCCGCCUCCCGUCGAGGGAGGCGCCGCGGGAGCCUACGCGGUGGUGGACAGGUCGCACAUCUGGGCGUCCACGCGUGGUCACGGGACCUACUCCAUGGACACGGCGACCGGCGUGUGGAGCAAGGCCAGCGACUCACCGCUGCCGUUCAUGGGACGCGCCGAGUACGCUCCGGAGCUCGGCCUCUGGUUCGGCUGGGACAGAGGACUCCUCUGCGCGUGGGACCUGAAAUCUGCCGGCGCCGGCGCAGCGCCGAUGGAGUUGUGGGAAGGCUUCACGUUGCCCAGGGGAAGUUAUGUGAGGUCGCAGUACCUCGUGCACCUGGGCGACGGUGGCCGGUUCUGCGUCGCCAAGCUCUUUGAGAUGAUAAAGCCGCCGCCGGCGUCGUGCUGUGCUCGCUGUUACUAUGACAAUUGCCCCCCUGAAAUUGGGUUCGCCGUGCUCACCGGCGUGGAGGUGGAGCGCUGUGACAGCGGGGAGCUCCGAAUGAUCAAGCACAGGUCGCGCAAAUAUAGCUUAGGUGAAACGAGGAUCUCCCAUGCUGUACUUUAG